AGCGCGGACGGAUUUUGGUUUGGAUUACAUAUUUUAACAAUUUUUGUCGCCGGUUGUCGUUUCUAAAAUUUUUUUUUAGUUAUCUCGUACUCUUGUAUUAUUUGAAUAAAGCUUUAAGUUAAGUGUAAUUAAGUAUUUGCGAUCAAAUACACAUGAUUAGAUAAACCGCCUACACAAAGUUAGAAAGGCCGGAUUAUGAUUUCAAUGUAGCACACUCUAUUGAUUUCGUUAGAAAUUCGCUGGCGUGAAAAAUGCAGUCGCUAAAGACUGAAGAUCUGCCGGAGAAUCCUCGAGAGCGAGCGAACAUUAUUUCGGCACUAUGUUUCUGGUAUACCAUGCCCACUUUUAUCAAAGGGCGAAAGGAAACAUUGGGUACGAAAGACCUUUUUAGGGCCUUGAAGGAGCACAAAUCGGAUGCUCUUGGCAACAAAAUAUGCAGUUCGUGGGCUUUAGAACUCGAGAGUCACAAGGAGAACGCCAGUUUGCUGAGGGCUCUUCUGCGGGUAUUCGGCAGGUACUUUUGCUUCCUUGGCCUUCUUCUGUUCAUCGUGCAGUUCAUACUUACGCUGCAACCCAUAUUUCUGGCGAAGCUCAUCUCGCACUACUCCAACGGUUUGGAUUCCAUCGGGACGGCAUAUGCCUAUGCGGCUGGAGUGAUUUUGUGCUCGGCCCUCGGCGUAAUCCUUCUACAUCCCUACUCAUUUGCCAUCACUCAUCUGGGUCUCAAGAUUCGAGUGGGUGUGAGCAGCAUGGUCUACAGAAAAGCCCUACGUUUGAGUAAAACAACCCUGGGCGAAGUUACUGCCGGGCACAUAAUCAAUUUGAUUUCCAAUGAUCUUGGCCGCAUGGACACCUUCAUCCAAUUCACCCACUUCCUUUGGUUGGCCCCACUGCAGACGCUGGUGGUGACCUACCUUAUGUACCAAGAGAUUGGAAUCGCUGCCGUUUUGGGGGUGUCCGUCAUGCUGCUCUUCAUACCCCUGCAAAUGUAUCUGGGCAACAAGAUAUCGGCGCUGCGACUGAAGACCGCUCUGCGGACGGACAAGCGGAUGCGGAUGAUGACCGAGCUCAUCUCCGGCAUACAGGUGAUCAAAAUGUAUGCCUGGGAGCUGCCUUUCGAGCGGAUGGUGGAAUAUGCACGCCAGAAGGAGAUCAAUACCAUCCGGCAUGUGGCCUACAUAAAGAGCAUUCUCCUGUCUUUCAACAAUUUCCUCAGCCGCCUAUCCGUUUUCCUCAGUUUGGUGGGCUUCGUUCUACUGGGCCACUUCCUCACGGCCGAGGCGGCUUUUCUAAUCACCGCCUUCUACACGGUCCUGCGUCUCAACAUGACCGCCUUCUUUCCAUUGGGUAUCACCCAAACGGCAGAGACCCUCGUUUCCAUCAAGCGUAUACAGAAGUUCUUGGAAUCCGGGGAGACGGAAAUCCCGGAUAACAGGCUCGAAAAUUCCAAGGCCGAAGAAGAUCUCGAUGAGGCUGAGGAGAAACUGUUGGGAACACCUCUUCCCGCCAUUACUACUGAUAAAAAUCUUCAUUCAAGUGCGCGUUUAUCCAUAACUGGACUCAAAGCCAAGUGGGAUUCCAAAUCACCCGAUUAUACACUGAAUGGAGUCAGUCUGCGUGUCGAACCCGGCACUUUGCUGGCCAUUGUGGGUCACACUGGCUCCGGAAAAUCCAGCCUAAUUCAAGCCAUUCUGGGUGAGCUGCCAGCUGAGUCCGGUGAGAUUAAGGUGAGUGGAUCGCUGUCCUAUGCCUCCCAGGAUCCGUGGCUCUUCUCCGGCACCGUGCGCCAGAAUAUCCUCUUCGGCCAGCCCAUGGAUCGCCGUAGGUACCACUCGGUGGUGAGGAAAUGCGCUCUGGAACGAGACUUUGAGCUACUCCCACUCAAGGACAAAACCAUUGUGGGAGAUCGUGGAGCAUCCCUCUCGGGUGGCCAAAAGGCCAGGAUCAGUUUGGCGAGGGCUGUCUACCGGGAGGCCUCCAUCUACUUGCUGGACGAUCCGCUGAGUGCGGUGGACUCCAAUGUGGGCCGCCAUCUCUUCGAACAGUGCAUGCGCGAUUAUCUGCGCGACCGGAUCGUCAUCCUGGCCACCCAUCAAUUGCAGUUCCUGCAGCAAGCCGAUCAAAUAGUGAUCAUGGAAAAGGGCGUGGUGAGUGCUGUUGGCACCUAUGAUUCGCUCCACAAAUCGGGAGUUGAUUUUGGCAGCAUACUGAGUGAUUCAGAGCAGGAUAAUGACGAGGAGCCGGAGGAGGUUCGAUCAAGAACCUCCAGUGUCACAGAGCAGCGGCGCAACAGUGUGAAAUCCGUGCUGUCCAUUGCGGAGUCCUGUCCAGGGGAUGACCCAGAGAAAGAAAUGAUCAAUCAGAAGCCACAAGAGACUGGACACAGCGGCUUCGGAGUGUACACUGAUUACUUCAAGGCAGGAGGUGGAUUCUUCGCCUUCGCCGUAAUGAUGAGUUUUUAUUUGAGCUCUCAGGGCCUGGCCUCACUGGGAGAUUACUUCGUGUCUUACUGGGUCUCCAAGAAACGCAUUGAGGAAACGCAAGAAGAUACCCUACGGAAUAAAGAGGUGGAUUCAAGUCUCCCGACUUGGUGGCAAAAUCUGGGCAAAUCUGAGAUGCAGGACACCUAUAUGUUCAUGCUGAUUACAGUGCUGAUCAUUGUCGUGACCGUAAAAAGGUCCUUUCUGUUCUACAACUUGGCGAUGAAGGCCUCGGUUCGAUUACACAACUCCAUGUUUCGAGGCAUCUCUCGAGCUUCCAUGUACUUUUUCAACAUGAACUCCUCGGGUAGCAUCCUCAAUCGAUUCUCCAAGGACAUGGGAGUGGUGGAUGAAACGCUGCCCACUGUGAUGAUGACCGUCAUCCAGGACUUUCUUUCUCUGGCUGGCACUGUUCUUGUCAUAUCCAUUGUCAAUCCUUUGUUCCUACCACCCGCCCUUGCACUUGGAUUUCUCUUCUAUCAUAUGCGCACUUUCUAUCUGCAAACUUCUCGGGCUGUUAAACGCUUGGAGGCCAGUACUCGAUCUCCAGUUUACUCGCACUUCGCUGCCUCUCUGACUGGUCUCUCCACCAUCCGAGCCUUUGGAGCUCAGAGCAUUUUGGAGGCGGAGUUCGAUGGCUACCAAGAUAUGCACAGCUCUGCUGCCUACAUGUUCAUUAGCACUUCACGCGCCUUCGGCUACUGGAUGGACAUCUUCUGUAUGCUCUACAUAGCGAUCGUUACCCUCGGCUUCUUCAUCUUUCCACCGGCCAAUGGCGGCGAUGUGGGUCUGGCCAUAUCACAGGCCAUAGGCUUAAUGGGCACAGUCCAGUGGGGCAUACGUCAGUCGGCAGAGUUGGAGAACACAAUGAUUUCCGUGGAGCGGGUGGUUGAGUACGAUGACAUUGAGCCGGAGGGAACUCUAGAAGCCCCAGAUGAUACGAAGCCACCCAGUUCCUGGCCAGAGCACGGAAAAAUAGUGUUCGAUGAGCUGAACCUGCGCUAUACGCCGGAUCCGAAGUCGGAAAAUGUGCUCAAGUCCCUUAGUUUCGUCAUCCAGCCAAAGGAAAAGGUGGGCAUCGUGGGACGCACUGGGGCGGGAAAGUCCUCGCUGAUUAACGCCCUCUUUCGACUUUCCUACAACGAUGGAUCCAUUCUCAUCGACAAGAGGGACACAAGUGAGAUGGGUCUGCACGACCUGCGCAGCAAGAUCUCGAUUAUUCCCCAGGAACCCGUCCUUUUCUCCGGCACAAUGCGACACAAUCUGGAUCCCUUCGACGAGUUCAGCGAUGAAAAGUUGUGGCACUCCUUGGAGGAGGUAAAGAUGAAGGAUGUGGUGGCCAAUUUGGCCACUGGGUUAGAGACCAAAGUCACCGAGGGUGGAUCAAACUUCAGCGUGGGUCAGCGCCAGUUGGUAUGCCUGGCUCGAGCCAUUCUGCGGGAGAACAGAAUCCUUGUGAUGGACGAGGCCACGGCCAAUGUGGAUCCCCAAACGGAUAGCCUCAUCCAGGCCACCAUUCGGAACAAGUUCAGGGAGUGCACUGUCCUCACCAUCGCCCAUCGAUUGCACACCAUCAUGGACUCGGACAAAGUGAUAGUUAUGGACGCUGGCCGAGCUGUGGAGUUCGGGUCGCCCUAUGAGCUACUGACCAUGGCGGAUUCCAAGGUGUUCCACGAUAUGGUCAAGCAGACGGGUCAGGCUACAUAUGACGACCUCCAAAAGAUUGCUCAAAAGGCCUUUGAAGAUGCCCAGAAUCAAAGUCGCAACCUUUUUCCUUAGGAACUCUUAAAUACUUAUAGUUAAAAUUUCACCGUACAAAUUCUAUAUCUACCUCUGAAAUACAAUUUUUUACCUUU